UUGCGAGGAGGAGAGGUAUCCUGGAUGAGCACACCAGAUGAUGGAAUUUCUCCCAGACACCGCAGCUGCUCGACCAGGACCAUCUUCCUCCGAAAUUAGAUAAAACAGACAAGCCAGGGAGAUACCAGCGGGGAAGAUGUUCUGCGCGAAGCUGAAAGAACUGAAGAUAUCCGGAGAGUGUCCAUUCUCCAGCAGCGCCAAAAAUAAUGAGCUCGGAGACUUCGAGGAGCGCUCAACUGACGCCUCGGAUUUAUUGCCCAUUGAUAAGGACGUGCCUGGAAAAAUUGGCGAGGAGGUACCUCGACAGAAGACAAGCCGAGCCAAAGUUAACCUGCACACACUCGGGGAGAGCAUCCGAAAAUUGGCAUGUCCCGAGUUUCAAAGACUGCAUACUGCCCUCCAUCGUGUGAUGAGACUAUCAGAUCACACCAGGGACUCUGAAAGUCCAACAAUUUGCUGCACAGACAAUCAGAGUUGCAGUGAUGAACCAGAGCAUUUAGUGGAGAUAAUAAACAUUUACUCAACCAAAAAAGCAAUCCCGAUGGAAGCUCUGAAAGUUUCUCUUGGCGAGGAGCUCUUCAACAUUUGUUAUGAGGAGGACGGACACAUUUUGAGGGUGGUAGGGGGAGCUCUCCAUGACUUCCUCAACAGCUUCAAUGUCCUGUUGAAACAGAGCAGCACACUGCCCAACCCAGGCAGAGAGGAUUGUGUAAACGAACCUUCGGUGCUGUGCUUAGACAAGGAUCCGGGUCUGCUUACUGUCUAUUUCUUCAACCCCCGUCCGACCACUCAGCUGUUUUUUCCUGGAGUCAUCAAAGCUGCUGCCCGCCUGCUGUAUCACACUACUGUGGAUGUGUUGAUGGACCUCCCCAGUGCUAAAGACAGCAUCUUGAAGUCCAGCCCGCAGCCCAGUCUUCUGUACACAGUUGUUGUUAAGGAUGCUAAAAAUCUGAGCCCCAGUCCGCUGCGGGCUACCUCAGCUGGGACCCUUCCUACCGCUCUUUUCUCCACCAUUUUCCCCUUCCAUCUGAUCCUGGACCAGGACUUGGUUCUGGUUCAAAUAGGACAUGGGCUCAGGAAGAGACUGACCAGAAAGGAUGGGUUGAAGCGGUCUUCUACCUUCCAAGAACACUUCUCUAUUGUCUCUCCUCAGAUCAAAUGUACCUUUCAAGGUAUUCUGACCAUGCUAAACACACAGUUUAUCAUUCGGAUCAAGCAUGGAGUCUCCACCACAGAUAACACAGGAAAGCUCAUGGACCUUAAAGGUCAGAUGAUCUAUGUUUCAGAAUCCAACGCCAUCUUGUUCCUGGGCUCACCGUGUGUGGACAAGCUAGAGGAGCUAACUGGCCGCGGCCUCUACCUGUCAGACAUCCCGAUCCAUAACGCACUGCGCGAUGUAGUUCUGGUUGGUGAACAGGCCAAAGCCCAGGACGGUUUGAAGAAGCGUCUGGGGAAGGCCAAGGCAGCCUUGGAGCAUGCUCACCAAGCACUGGAGGAGGAGAAGAGGAAGACAGUGGACCUCCUCUUCUCCAUCUUCCCCGGCACUGUGGCACAGCAGCUGUGGCAGGGACAAACGGUCCAGGCCAAGAAGUUUGAUAGGGUUACAAUGCUUUUCUCUGACAUUGUGGGCUUCACGGCUGUUUGCUCCAUCUGUACCCCAAUGCAAGUGAUCACCAUGCUCAAUGAGUUGUACACCAGGUUUGACCACCACUGUGGAGAGCUUGAUGUUUAUAAGGUGGAGACCAUUGGUGAUGCGUAUUGUGUAGCUGGUGGCUUACACAAGGAGAGUGAGACUCACGCUGUCCAAAUUGCACUCAUGGCCUUAAAGAUGAUGGAGCUUUCAGAUGAAGUCAUGACACCAACUGGAGACCCAAUACAGAUGCGUAUCGGCCUCCACACUGGCUCAGUUCUAGCUGGUGUAGUUGGGGUGAAGAUGCCACGCUACUGCCUUUUUGGGAACAAUGUCACGUUGGCCAACAAGUUUGAAUCCUGCAGCCAACCUAGAAAAAUCAAUAUCAGCCCUACAACCCACAGAUUGCUCAAGGAUCGCCAAGAGUUUGUCUUUGUUCCCAGGAGCAGACAGGAGCUUCCGGCCAACUUCCCAGAAGACAUCCCUGGUGUUUGUUACUUUUUGGAGGCGUCCUUCAAAACUUCAAAACUGACUGAAAUGAAGUCAAGCUGCUGCACAGCCCAGAAAUCUUAGAUACAAAGAAAUAUAAGCAUAUUUCGUGAACACAGUGCAAACAUCUUGUGUAUUUUGGUUGGGUUGUUUAGAUAUUAAUGAUAUUGUCUAUCAGUCAAACUCUUGCAGCUGCUUAAUUGCAGAGAUGUCAGUUUGCUGACUGUCUUGUCUCUGUACAAUUAUCUACUUGUACAGUUGUAGUGGAAAGAAACACUCCCUUCCUUAAUUUUUUUUCCAGAAUGAGUCAUUUCUCCAAUUGUUUUCCAAACUCCCACUGUAGACCAUCAAUCGAAGAUUUUGAGACAGUUUUUUUUUAAAUUUAUCAUUUCAGAGGUAUAAAAUAUAUGAAAACUCACACAAAAUGUGGCGAAAGGUGGCAUACAAUAACUAAAACGAGUUAGCUGUCUUUGAGUUGCAGAUUCGUGAAGAAACUUAAAUAUUUAAUAUUGCAUAAUGUAGAUAUGAUACAGAAAUACAUCCUGGAUGUUGAUUCUCAAUGUGACGUUGUUAAACAGAGUGGCUCCUUUUAUCCAGAUUGUUGUCUGUAAGUAUCCAUUCACAUCUGUCCAGCCUAGGUACCUGGGUAAAGCACCUUGGCCUGUUGGGAUGGCAGAAGAAAUCAAAAUUAAAACUGAAUUGGUUAUGUGUGGUUCAGUGGAGAGAAUUUCACGACAAGUAAUAUAGAAAAGCUGAAGCAAAUGCUAUUAUUAUUCAAAGAUUUAGGAUCAAAUCAAGUGACGCAGAGCAGAUUCAGGUGCCUUAUGGGAACUAAAAGGUGUAAAACAGUUUUUUUAUUUUUUUUUAUUUUCAUCAGCUCUUUUUUUCCCUUUAGAAAUGGUUCAAUAUGAAUUUACAUGUCAAUGAUUUCUUCCAGAGUUUUGUGGUUCUAAAUCAGUAUAUAUAUUUGUAAUAAUAUGUAACUUAAACUUUCAUUUAUGAGACAUAAAGCAUUCCAAGAUCCAAUUUUCCUAAUAUAAGUAAUGUUUUUUUUUUCACUGUACACAUGUUUAUACUAUAUUUAUUACAUGAGUUUCAAAGCACUCCUUUUCCAUACAGAGGGAAUGUGACACAAGAAUACAAUGAAUGUUCUACUACCACUCAUAAUGAUGUGCUCCAAUCAUUAUUGUAAUGUAAUCAAAGCG